AUGACCAGUCGGUUGAAAGAAAAGACGUUUAAAAAGUACAAAACGCUAGAUCAGAGGUAUGAAACCAUCGGAAGGAUUGGAGAAGGUGCCUAUGGGAUUGUGAGAGUAGCCAGAGAACUUUCAUCAUCACAUCGAGUAGCGGUUAAAAGUUUUAAACUGAAAUUGACCAGAGAGUCCGAAGGAAUACCCUUCUCAAUAUGUAGAGAAAUUAAUUUGUUGAAAGAGCUUGAUCAUCAAAAUAUAUUAAAAGUGAAAGACAUUGUAUUGGAUAAGAGUGAUGGCUCGUUCUAUAUGGUAACACCAUACUGUAAAUUAGAUUUAGAGAAAAUGUUAAAUUAUCAUAAAAAGCAAAUUCCAUUAGAUGCAAAUCAAACAAGAAGAUUGCCUCCCAAAUUGGAUAGAAAUGUCAUUAAAUCAAUGCUCUAUCAAAUGUUGUGUGGAUUAAAUUACUUACAUCGUGCAUGGGUCAUCCAUAGAGAUUUGAAACCAGCUAAUAUUCUUAUACAUGAUGAAGGUACUGAACGAGGCGUCAUUAAGGUGGCAGAUUUUGGGUUAGCACGUAUAUUUAAGGAUCCAUUAAGAAAAUUAAGUGAUGAUGGCCCUGUAGUAACGAUUUGGUAUCGAGCACCUGAGCUAUUGCUAGGUGCAAAACAUUACACUCCUGCUGUAGAUAUUUGGAGUCUUGGAUGUAUUUUUAAUGAACUAGUGACAACAAAACCAAUCUUUGAAGGCAGAGAAAGUAAAGAAGCCUUCCAAAGAGAUCAACUGGAAACAAUCUUUAAAAUUCUAGGAACACCAAGCGAGGAGGAUUGGCCUGAAAUGAAGGACUUGGAAUUCUACAAGCUCAUGACUCACAUUCCUCACUAUCCUCCAAACUUGGAACAGCACACAGAGCUUCCAAGUGAUUCUCUUGAAUUAGAUCUUUUAAAAAGAAUGCUUUGUUAUGAUCCAACUAAAAGAAUUACUGCAGCAGAAGCAUUGAAACAUCCUUUAUUUGAUCAAAAACCUGUAGCAUACAUGUAUUGUUUUGGAAGUGACAAACGCUUGAGCUACAAUUAUCCAGACCAACCCAUCUACUCUGAAAAUGUAGCACAAAGACCACCAAAUGCAGUUCAACAACCUCUUCCACAAUCCAAUGUACAAUCUGUCGCACAGCAAUUAGCAACAACUCAUCAAAAGCCACAUCAUCACCACCACCACCAUCAGGCACCUUCUCAACAACAAACACAACAACAGCCAGCUACUGAGCAAACCGUAUCUUCUUCCUCAAAUCUACCUCAAACUAAACAAUCUUCUUCCUCCAACGGAGUAGAAUCUAAGCAACAACAACAACAAACCGAUAAAAAGAGAAAAAAGUCUACCAAAGAAACAAACUCUAAGAAAAAAAAGAUGUAA